GAAAAGCGGAACCAUCGCGUUUCUACCAAAACACCCGGAGUUUAUUUCAGAUACACGGGAAGUUAGGGAGCUUUUUCCUGCAGAAGCAUUUUAGCCGGUUCAUUUGCACUAGGUUUUUAACAAUUACUAUUGUUAAAAAUAUUAUCUAAUUUCUGUUUAAUCUGUAUGAGCUAAAAUACAGCCAUCAAUAUGUUGAUUAAAGUUAAGACACUCACAGGCAAAGAAAUAGAAAUUGACAUCGAGCCUACAGACAAGGUGGAGAGAAUCAAAGAGAGGGUGGAGGAAAAAGAGGGGAUCCCACCACAACAGCAAAGACUCAUUUACAGCGGAAAACAAAUGAAUGAUGAGAAGACUGCUGCUGACUACAAGAUCCAGGGAGGAUCUGUUCUGCAUUUAGUUCUGGCUCUCCGAGGAGGCCAAAACCUGCACUAGCCCUGCAGACACCCAGUGUCUUUCCUCUAAUCUAUUCUGUUAAGAUUGUAAAUAGAAAUAAUCUGUGUUAUCAUGUACAUCAAAACAAACAGCAGGAUUGCCAGGAGGCUCUGGUGUUUACAGCCAAAAGUGGACAUUUGGCUUUUCAUAAAUCACGUUAGUGUGAUCACAGUGAACAUAUGCAUAUGCAUUCUGAACAGUUUACAACCUAAAUUUUAGUUCAUGUUGAAGUUUGUUUCUGCCCUUUUCAUUCUGCAGUAUAUGACUGUAAAAAAACUAGUGCACUUGAAGUGUUUACUUAAGUUUUAAGAUAGACACUGCUCCCUUAUAAAGGCUCAUAAAGAAAAUUAGUUUGCAUUAUCCCUUGCUAUUUAAAAAAAAUAAAUUGAACUCAUUCUCCUCACCCAGCUCUUG